GGUGACUUGAGACGGUGUAGAAAAAAGGGAGGUUCGAAAGCAUUGUAAGCUGUACAACAGUCAUCCUCAGCACUCCGUUCCCGUUUUUUCUGGUGCGCUAUGCGAGAUGCCGUUGGCUGGGAUCAAGAAUCGGUGAUACGUGAGUGGGAACCCGCCCUUCCGCUGUGCUGGGUUGCCCUUCGAUGGUGGUUCACCGCAAGUUGAGACGAGGCUCCAGGCUGAGUGUGGUGUUGGUGUUGGCGGGAGGGGAGCCGUUUUUUGUAUAAGGGGGUGAAACUUCUUUGUUGUCUGGAAAAGGGUUACCGACUUCUUCCCUCUCUCUCUUUUUUGAUUGUUUGAGUGUGAGAUUUGAGUGUUGGACUAUCUUUUGGCCUGUUUGAGUCCGGCGUGUUGGUUAGUGCUGGAUUGUACCGAGUAGUACUGGUACUGUACAAGUAGCGGAGUGAAUACCUUUACUUUCCAAUUUGGGUUUACGAUAAGGACUGAGCGACGAGGGAUUGCAUCAUCGUCGCCUUUUUUACUUUUUCCUCUUGACGGGCUGGACUGAGUAUUUGGGAGAAACGACAGCCAUUCUUGUUGGGAAAACCACACGAGAAGAUAACGGUCCAUGAUUGCAAAGGGAGAUCAAGCGUCAAUGGGGAUGAACGAAAUGACGACUCAAGAGGAAUCCAGAAAGUUGAGGGAGGAGGGGAAUGCGCUUUACAAGUCGGGAAAUGUGAUGCAGGGUUGGUCCUUGAUUUCCUCUCCCUUCCUUAUCUCUGCUGGGAAUGACGAGGAGUCCAUCCUAUUUCGACCCAUCUUUCCAUCUUUCCAUCUCCCUAUUCUAGCUUCAAAAUUGAAAUCAUAUCUGACAAUAUUCACAGCGGUUCCCAAAUACCGUCAAGCAGCAAAAAUAACACCACAUGACCCAGCACCGUUGGGAAACAUCUCAGCAGCGCUUGUUGAGAUUGGCAAGUAUGAAAAUGCAAUUGCUUUCGCCGAGAGAGCUAUCAAACUUCAUAAAUUGAAGUUGGCCGAUGCGGAGUCGGUGGUGAAGGAACAGGAGCAGAUCAAGAAGUUGGAGGAGAGAGUCAAUCGAGCAAAGGGUUUAUGUAGAGUUGUCGAAAAUGGAGAGGAGAGAAAGACGAGGAUGAAGAUUUUCGGCGAGCUGGGAAGGUAUCGUGAGACUUUGUGAGUUUUCUUCUUCCUCUUUCUUUGGUCAUGGUGAUGGCGUGAUGGAGUGGGAUGAAGGCUGAUCUGAAUUUGUACUACAGGCAUUCUGGAUUAGAGUGUUUUCAUGUGGGACAUGAUGAUGCUUAUACCAUGUGGGAUGCUCCAACCGAGAACAUCUUGGAAAAAUGGACGGCCAAAAUGAAAGAAGAAGAGUCUGGAGUUGACGUCGAUGAAAAGGCCAUUGCAAAGAGAGAAUUGAUUUCUUUCCUCUUUGUGGGAAUUGGUGAUGCGAGGAACAUGCUACGAACGAUUAUUGGUAUUGCAGAGGUGGAGAAGACGAAGACGAAGAAAUAUCAUUUUACGAUUAAUGAUAUCAACAAGUGUGCUCUGACCAGAGAUCUUGUCGUUUUCAUGUUAUUGGAGGAUCUUUCACAGCUGGAUCCGGAAAGCGAGGAGCAUACCGAGGUUCUGACGACAAUUUACUUCAUCUACCUUGCACCUAUGAUUCCUCGAUUCGUUUUCGAAAGAAUGCAGCAAACUAUCGAUAAAGCAUUAUCCGCUCUCCAAUCAGGAUCUCAGCCAUCCAAAUUCUUCUAUCUCAGCAAGCAACAUUUCUUGGAAUACAUCAAAGUUCUAAUCUCCUGGAAAGGCUCAGCGCAAACCCUCAUCUCACCCAAAACGGUUAUCCAAGCCGGAACUCGACAAGUAAGUGGAAUACACUCCAUGGGAGAAGACAUUUCGGGAGUAAGUCUCAAAUGCAAAGCCGAACGAGAACUAUACCUUGCUUCUCUCGUUCUCCAACCACCCACCUCGCUUCUCGAAAAGUACGACCCGGUAAUGCUUGAGCUUUUGCAAAAGUAUCAAUCCAGGCCACGAGCCAAUGCUCCCAGGUUCCGUGAUCAUCUCUGCAACCACUGGCAUAUCAAUACAACUAUGAUAGACGAAGACUGGUAUCAUAGUAUGCAAGACAAGAGAGAUAUGGGUUUUGGACAUGAUCCCUUUGAGGCUACGAAGAAAUUUACCGAUGAUGUUUUGGUUGUGAAGAAUCCCGAGAGAUUGUAUGAUUACAUGGUCCCUUUCUUCACUGAGAUGGCGAAGGCUUUGGUCAUUUUGAAUGGAAGAUUGGAGAUUGAGGUUGUGCUUGGAGAUUGCGUGGAUCUUGCUGAGCGACUUCGUUUUGGUCUCUUCCCUACUACUGAGGAAUUCAAGAGUGAGAAUGGAGAGGACUCGGAUUUUGAACAGAGACCAGAGCGUUUCCCUACUUCCUUCCACCGGAUACAUUUGAGUAACGUACCGUGCGUGUCCCAUCACUCUUGGUAUUAUUAUAACAUGCUAACUAUAUGAAUAGGGAUUACCUCAACGGCAACUUCUCAAGCUGUCUUUAUUUCGCUCCUCUCCUAGCUGACGUUCCCUGGUCAGUAUUCAUGUCCACAUCUCUUCGUAAUGGGGGAACUUGGAAAUCCAUCGAAGCUUUCUUGGCCGAAUACCAAUGCAUCACCAGCGAGAGCCAACUAAUGCAACUUACAAACGUAGCCAUUGUCGACAAAGGCCCGGAUGAUUCUCUCGCUCUUCCACACCCCAUGAGUCAGAUGUUUGGUCCUGACAUGGCAGGACUCAUGCAUGGGAUGCCCAUGGCGGGAUACAUAUCCUACACCUACGUGGGCCACAAACCACAACCAUUCCAACGUCUACUUGCAAAGAAACCAUUCAUGAAAUGGAUCUACGCACAGUUCUUCCGACUAGUCCUCCCCUUCAACGUCGACAUCUCCUUCGUCUCGGGGAUCAUCUUCUCCCCACUAAACAUAACCACAUUCUUCCACCUCCUCAUCCAACUCCGCUCCCUCGGCUACCCCUCCCACUGGCUCUCCGAAGCCCUCACCAACAUCCUCACCAACAAAGUCCUCACGACCUGUCGACCCCCCCGCGCAACGCCCACCUCCCCACAAGCCAUAACCCGCACCCACCGCGAGAAACACCUCAACACCACCCCCUUCAUAGCCGAACUCUCAGUCCUCACCCAAAUCUUCUCGCCCAUCCUCCCCUUCCUCCUCACCACGCCCCUCCCCUCCCCCUCCACCAUCAAAAAAUACACCCUCACUCUCCCCCCCUCAAACCUCACCACCGACCCCCACGCCCUCUCCGCGCACCUGGUGCUCGUCUUCUUCGCUCACGCCCACAUCCCCAAAGCAACAGCUUACCACCACGUCUCGAAUUUCCGCCCGUUGCUGGACCCGAGCUGGGGGGAGGUGGACACGGAUUUCGCGACCAAGGAGAAUGAGGCGUUGAGGGAGAAGGGAUGUGUGGUGUACUCGAGCUUUGAAGUGCAGAAGAAGGAGGGAGGAGAGGGGGAGGUGCGGGCUUGGAUUGAGGAGGGGAGGAUGGCUGCUAUGAUGGGUGAUGGAUGGGUGUGGGCGUUGUAUCGGGUUGAUACGUGGAGUCCGGUGGGGAUGGGUGGGGAUGUCGAAGGGUGUGUAGAAGAGGGAGGCUCUUGGGAGGGGGUUGUUUGAUGGAUGUUUGCCUUCUUUUCCUCUUUCUUUCAUCUUUUCUUUUUCACCUCACGUCUUUCCUUACUCUACCAAACGGACACCAGAACGAACACCAACCCCCCACCUGAAACGACGAAUGAACCACGACACGAGCCACGAUCCAGUACGAUAUGAAAACAAGAAAUAAAGAAAGAAAGAAAGAAAGAAAGAAAGAACCCUCGCCCACGCGAUUUCUCACACGAGAUUUUUGGUAGGAUCUCCUCUGCAUUUAUGAUUUUCCACACAUACACACACACACACACACAAAAAGAAACAGGGGGUAAGAAAAGAGAGGAGAAAUAAGAAAGAAAUGACAUGGCCGCGAGGCUAAAUGGGCGAAUGCGUGUUUUGUUGGUUUAUUAUUAUUAGAUUUUUGUUUUUGCUUUGAUUUUGAGAUGUUGGGUUUGGAGUUUGGUCUGUUGGGUUGUGUUAGUUGGGUUAUGUGGGAUCAUGUUAUGGAGGGGUGGUAGAUAGAAUGAAUAUGAAUUUGAUAUGAAUGAAUGAA